AUGGCUUAUAACCGCGAAUGGGACAGAGGCAAAUUUGUCCCCAACGAAGGCUCAGCCUGGCAAUACAAUACUUCCAGACCCAGUCUCCAUCCUAGGGACGAUGAAUACUAUUCCGAAGGAAAGCGCAGGAAGUUCAACGAUGGCGGAUACGAUACGGCUUACGCGGUUGAGCCUGCGUACAGCGACAACGCCUAUGACACCAGCUUUGCCCAGGGCCGACAGACAGAAUCUAAUCAGGACUAUUACCCCUCCGAAGACCGCCACCAACGCGGUGGUGCUCACGGCAAGAAACGUCUGGUGCCGAGCGAACCGAGCCCCCAUGUGAUUUUCCUCGGAUUGGAUCCAGACUUUACCGAAGCAGACCUUCAAGCAUACCUCGCCAGCAACAGUUGCAGUAUUGAGACGGUCACCAUAAUUCGAGACAGAUCAACAGGUGUUUCCAAGGGGUUUGGCUUUGCCCAAUUCACGAGCACCGAGCAUGCCCGCGCAUUCGUCGAUCCUCUUUUCCCGUUCAUUCAAGUACCUCCGCCCGCCUCACAUGGCGCCUCCGCCUCUGCAGCCUUCUAUAAGGCGCUCGAGAUGGGUAGUGCAACGCCGCACGGCGGUCGUCGAGUGAAGAUUGAUUUUUCUCAGAGUGCCAGUCCGGGCGAGAAACGCGGCCGAGGUCCGCAACAUGCGAACGACGGCACACGGGACAUAGGCAACGCUCAAGCGGCUGUGUUGUUGUUUCGCGGUCUGGAUCCCCUUUCUGGUCCACAAGCUAUCGCACAAGCUAUGAAAACAUCUGCUGGCGUCGGUCGUGAGGGUGCUCGCGGUAUGCGACGCAUCAUUCUCAUCAAGGAUAAGGUUACUAUGGCUAGUUGGGGAUUCGCAUUCGUGGAGUUUGUCGAUGUACAGUCCGCGUCUGCGGUGUUAGGCGUCACAAUGUCGCCUGAAAUCCAUCCCUCGGGGUUCCGUAUUUCUGAUCGUCCUGUCGCUGCCUCGUUCGCCCAUCCAUAUUCUUUUCAACCACAACCCGAUUUUUCUCUUCGCGACGAUGCAUGUCUACCGUCCUCUUCGAGUUUAGGUGGGGUUGAAGGGACUUGGGUUCGAUAUUGGGAUGAAGCGUCCACUGCUGCUGUUUUGGAGUUCAAGGUAGAAGAGCCUGUGGAGCCUACUGUCCCGCCUGUGAAGGAGAAGAAGAAGAAGAGUAAAGGUGCUUCUGAGACCGUCAAUCCCCCGACUGAUGAACGCCCAGCGGAAGCUUCCGCUCUUCCUGUAUCGGACAAGCCAGUGAUGCUGAGCUUCAAAUCCACUACAUCGAACAAGCAAGGUCCGGCGAAUACUUUGGGAACUAGUGGUCAGCCGAAGAAGGCUGCUCCUCUGUCGCUAGCGUUCUCGAUGGCGGAGGAUAAUCAGCACCCUGAUGUCUCAGAUGUCGAGAGCGAUAAUACGAAAGGUGCAACAGAGGAUCCCAAGGUGACUACGGCGAAGAAGGUAGCUCCCUUGAUUGCAAGCAGGAAGACCGCAAAUAAUAUUACCAAAUGGAACCAAGUUCAGGACGUACUCAGUCAUGACACAGAUCCACGUGUACCUCCGACGCCUGCUGUGUCAACUUCGAACACACCUGUAGUGGCGACGAAAGCAAAGUCCUUGACUCCAGCACCUGUCGAAAAUGAAUUUGAAUUCGCAGACACACAUGCGAUGACUUGCCUGCUGUGCGCCCGGCAAUUCAAGUCCCUCGAGCAGUUGAGACGUCAUAAUAAGGAGUCUGAUCUGCACAAGAAGAAUCACAAGGAUGUGAGCCUUAGGGAGGUAGCUCGAAGGAAGGCGGAAGCCGUCCGUGCCAAGGUGGAGCAACCGAAGUACAGAGAUCGCGCUUCUGAACGUCGUGUCAUGCACAAUCAACCUGACAUUCCCCUUUCGUCCGAGACCAGCGUGUCUCAUGGAAAGAAGAGACAUGCCGAGGGCCCUCCGCCAUCCUCCCCGCCUCCUCUCCCUGUUAACCCGGGGCAGGACUCAAGUAACGUGGGCAAUAAGUUACUGAAAAUGAUGGGCUGGAAAGAAGGAACUGGUCUCGGGACGGAUGGCGAAGGCAGAGUGGAACCAAUCCAAACCGCAAUUUACGCACAGGGUGUAGGACUAGGCGCAAGUAAAGGCAAAGAGAUCGGCAAAUAUGCCGAUGGAUAUGCAGGGUAUGUUCACAUGGCGCAGGAUGCGGCGCGAGAGCGCUAUGGAAGUUAG